AGCGAGUGCGUGCGUGCGUGCGUGCGUGCGUGCGUGCGUGCGUGCGUGAGCGAAGGGUGCGAAUCGCCCUGUUGUCGUCGGAUGCACUCUCGAGGACAACCGUGUGACUUUUUCCCCACUGACGUGACGCGCGUCGCCGUCGUGACUACUGCUGCUGCUGUGUUGUUCCUCCCGCUACGUCUUGGUCUUCUUUGUGCCGCGCGGCUAUGCGGUUCCGGCAUCGGCGGUAACGUACCAUCAAGGUUCAGGUUCAGGUAAGAGCUGGAAACCAUCAGCCGGAAGACACAAGGGCAAAUCCUUAUUCUUGAUGACAAGCAUUUAGCACGCUGGCAUGUCUGACGAAAGUGUCAUCAAGCGGGACAACUUGCAAGUCCCAGUUGUGAGAUACACAGGCAUACUUGUGGAAGCAGGCAUUUAGGUUGAUCGUAUAGUUUUAUAUAAUGAGGAUUUAUUACCACCAGACAUUGAUCAAGCAGAAACUCGACAGUCAGCUGUAUAUCCUGUAUACAAGAAAUAUACGUGAUGCUGUUGUUUCCAAACUGCUUGCAGCUGUAUGACAAGCUGCAUGAUGCUGAGGACUGUUCCAAUCACCAUUGUACCGAUGCCUGUAUAAUGCUCGAGGAAUUCUGUAUAUUUGCCACAGAAUUGGCACGUCUGUGCGAGCGAGGAACAGCUGUUCCUAUGAACGCCUCUCGCUCAUUACACGGUGAUGGAAAGGAUACUAAUCACAAAAGUGGCUCAAAGAGGAUGGCAUAUGAGGUAUUUUUGGGCGGGUCUUGCAAUCCAACCACCUGGAGGUCAGAUAUAGCGAUACCGACUCUUCAGAACCUCGGAAUUACUUAUUACAAUCCUCAAGUGUCGCAAUGGGGCCCGGAACUGAUAGCUCAGGAGUACGAGGCGAAGCAAACAGCGCGAGUCUUGCUGUUCGUGAUCGACAAUCAGACGCGCAAUAGCGCUGGCAUCAUCGAAGCGGCUCAACUGGCAGCUACGCGCAGCGAGUCCCUGGUCCUCGUCAUUUAUCCGUAUCGCCAGGGACAAACUAUACUUGGAGAGACUGUUUCUACGCAAGAAUAUUACGAUUUGAUGAACGGGUUGUUAGUACUUCAGUACCUAAUGGAGAGGCAGAGGAUACCGAUAUUCGAGAGUGUGUCGGUUGCUCUUCACUGCACGUCCAAGAUGCUACGCGAAGAGAUCAAUGUACAGGAUUGCACAGACUUGCAUACCGAGGAUGGCAUCAAACCCAUAAGAAUCUCGCUCACUCAAAAUGGAACGGACGCGGUAACGUUGCGUGAGAUCUUCAAGUCCAUGGACGUUAAUGAUAGCGGUACGGUAAAGCUCCGGGAAGCUUGGGUGAUGUUGCAGUCGAAUGCAAUGUGCAAUGUGUCUCUCUCGGAUCUGCUCAACACGGUGAAUAAAUCCGAAGCAUGCAGGAGCUUGAUAGACGGAUUUCCGGCGAAAGGGGACCCGACGGAACUGCGAAUCAAUUUCGAGCAGUUUUGCGCCCUGGCCAGCGAGUCGUCGUGGACGCGGACGAAGAGUAACGGCGUCACUUGCGAAAGUGAGAUACCUUCAGUAUGGAAUAUAUUAUAUAGGAAGGCCUCAAAUUUUCUACGCCGAGCUAUUGUACAUCCUUUUAAUCGUUUCCUAGAUUGGACCAAUUCCUUCGUACAGCAGGAGUCCGAGAAGAGGGAUAUUUAUAUCGGUGUCGUCAGUAGAGAUCUGUUUUGGUUGGAAUCUUCCGCUGUGCCGUUGCUAGAAUCAAUGAGAUUGUCUCUCUAUCGACCAAGCCUGGACGAGUACAACGUAAGGUUAUUGCCGCAUGAACUGCAAAAGAUGAAGAAUUCGCGGCUGAUCCUGUUAAUAGUGCCGCAGCAUUCGCGCGGUAUCGCCAUUAUGGCGUUGGCAGCUCACUUGAUUGGACUGCGCGCUAAGCUCGUCCUCUGUGUUCAAACUCUUCCCGAGGGUACCGUCGUGUCUGGCGAACAGCUGACUGAACAAGCCAGAAAAGACUACAACCGGGGGAGGAUGUACUUGUCGGACUAUGCGACGCGCGAAGGUGUACCUGUUUUUCAGAAUAUCGCUGAUGCUCUGCAACACGCGAUACAAUUAGUUCAAAGUCCCUGUUGACUUAAUAUUGCUUUUUCUGUUUUAUUUUUUUUUCUAUUUUUUUUUCGUACACGAGUAAGCUCCUCGGUUCGAAUGACUAAUUUAUUUUUACCCUUAACUCAUGUCCAACUACCAUUUGAGAUUCACGCGAACGUAAUAGGUGUGAUGAUGGCGAUGACGAUGACGAUGUUACACUAUCAUUGUUAUCACUGUAGAAUCACCGCUAUUGAUUGAGAUCACAAUUCAUGUCGUCGCUAACACACACGACGUAGAGACUUCCUCACCGAAUGUAUCUUAUCGUUAUCAUCUCAUCGAUAGCCCUCACGCUACUUGAGCACUUUACGUCGUUAACGAUACCACUUGUUUACAUAUUACUAUUAUUAUUAUUACUACUAUUAUUAUUAUUAUCGUCAUCAUUAUUAGCGCUAUUAUUAUAAUUAUUUUAAACUCUUGACAAAGUUGAAAGCACGAG